GCUCAGGUGCAACCCUGAAACGCUCAAACAUCGCUGUGGGCCGGGAGCCUUCGCUCUGAAUCACGCCGGGUGCCGGGAACGCGGCGGAAGGAGAUCCCGAGUGUCCCGCGAUGCUGCUGCCGCCGUGAUGUGACAAAAGACGUGAAACUGGGGGAGAAAAAUGAUGAUUCUGGAAUUUGGCUCUGGCUGUCAGGGGUGACGAAAAGCGUGGGCAACGCCUCCUGGCCGGGUUAUAAAGGGCUCCGAGGCAGGGGGAGCGAGCACUCGCUGCCUGCGCUGCCGAGCCGGGUUUGUCUCUGCAUCCUCCGCAGCCGUGGCCAUGAGCACCACUGUCCGGCAAUUCUCCUCCUCCACCUCCCUCAAGGGCUUCGGGGGCCUGGGGGGAGGCUCCAGCCGCCUUUCCUCCGUGCGCCUGGGGGGCGCAGGGUACAGAGCCCCCAGCCUCCACGGGGGCUCCAGCACCUACUCGGUCUCUUCCCGCAUCGUCUCGGGGCUCGGCAGCGGCUACGGGGGCAACUACUGCAGCAGCGUGGGAGGGGGCGUCGGCGGGGGCUUUGGGGGCAGCUAUGGGGCUGGCCUUGGGGCCGGCUUCGGAGGCGGCUUCGGAGGUGGCUUCGGAGGUGGCUUUGGAGGUGGCGAUGGCAUCCUGCAGGCUGGGGAAAAGGAGACGAUGCAGAACCUCAACGACCGGCUGGCUGCCUACCUGGACAAGGUGCGAGCCCUGGAGGAGGCCAACACGGACCUGGAGGUCAAGAUCAGGGAGUGGUACAAGAAGCAGGGACCCGGCCCAGAGCGUGACUACAGUCCCUACUACAGGACUAUCGAGGAGCUCAGGAACAAGGUUCUAGGGGCCACAGUUGACAACGCCAACCUCCUCCUGCAGAUCGACAAUGCCAGGCUGACCGCUGAUGACUUCAGGACCAAGUUCGAGACGGAGCAGGCUCUGCGCCUGAGCGUGGAGGCCGACAUCAACGGGCUGCGCAGGGUCCUGGACGAGCUGACCCUGGCCAGAGCUGACCUGGAGAUGCAGAUCGAGAACCUGAAGGAGGAGCUGGCCUAUCUCAAGAAGAACCACGAGGAGGAAAUGAACGCCCUGCGCGGGCAGGUGGGUGGAGAGAUCAGCGUGGAGAUGGAUGCGGCUCCUGGCGUUGACCUGACCAAGAUCCUGUCUGAGAUGAGGGAGCAGUACGAGAGCCUGGCGGAGAAGAACCGCCGGGACGCCGAGCAGUGGUUCUUCAGCAAGACAGAAGAGCUGAACCGGGAGGUGGCCAUCAACACGGAGCAGCUCCAGAGUGGCAAGACGGAGAUCACAGAGCUACGACGGACCAUCCAGAGCCUGGAGAUCGACCUGCAGUCCCAGCUCAGCACGAAAGCGGCGCUGGAGGGCACCUUGGCCGAUACAGAAGCCAGGUAUGGCGCCCAGCUGGCCCAGCUGCAGGGGCUGAUCAGCGGCGUGGAGGAGCAGCUGGCCGAGCUGCGCUGCGACAUGGAGCGGCAGAACCAGGAGUACAGGGUCCUGCUGGACGUCAAAUGCCGCCUGGAGCAGGAGAUCGCCACGUACCGCCGGCUGCUGGAGGGCGAGGACGCCCACAUUUCCUACACCUCGCAGCCUGUGAAAGAAGGACCUGUAACCACUCGCCAAAUCCGCACGAUCUUCGAGGAGGUCCAGGAUGGGAAGGUGAUUUCCUCCCGUGAGCAGAUCACCCAGGCUGCCCACUGAGGCGGUCGCCCGGUUCGCUGCAAACCACGCACAGCAAAGCACAAGAAGAUUCCAGUUGAUUUGCUUUGGCUACGCAGAUCACGAAAAGCACCUUCUCCUUUCAUCACCUCCCCUGUUUCCUUCACCCCUUCUCUAAGCGCUGUGCCCUGCUCAGAAACCAAAUAAAGCUUUGUUUCAUACCAGCA